AUGGAUUUCAUGGAAAACCCAAUGUGCAAAGGAGGCUACCUCACGGGGCCGCCGUCCCGGUUUCCCACGGUGGCUCCCGGCUACCCGGCCUCCCGGUGCCGCAGCCGGCGGCCCUGCUCCACGGGCAGCAGCAUGCGGGGCUCGGGCACCGAUCCAGACUCCUUCCUGAAGUCCGCUCGCCUGCAGCGCCUGCCCUCGUCCUCCUCGGAGAUGGGCAGCCAGGACGUGUCCCCUCUCCGGGAGACGAGCAAGGACCCUUUCUCCGGGGACUGCAGCUGCCGGCAGGACGGGCUCACCGUCAUCAUCACCGCCUGCCUCACCUUUGCUACGGGCGUCACCGUGGCCUUGAUCAUGCAGAUCUAUUUUGGGGACCCCCAGAUCUUCCACAAGGGCGCAGUGGUGACGGACGCCGCGCGCUGCACGGCCCUGGGCAUCGAGGUGCUCAACAAGAAGGGCUCCUCGGUGGACGCAGCCAUGCCUCAUGCUGCUGUGGCCGGCCACAACCACGUCUCCUACUAUGUCAGUGCAGAGGUGGCCCCGCUCGGGGCCCGCUUGGGUGGGGUGAUGCUGGUCCAUGACAUCCGUAAGAACAAAAGUGAGGUGAUUGAUUUCCGCGAAGUGGCUCCCCUGGGCAUCCCCGAGGAGGAAGGUCUGCAGAAAGCCUUGGACACCAGGCCAGGUCUCCUUGUGGGGGUGCCCGGCAUGAUACAGGGAAUGCACCAGGCACACCAGUUAUACGGCAGACUCCCGUGGUCUGAGCUGCUGGGCCUUGUUGCUGGUGUUGCCCAGGAUGGGUUCAAUGUUACGCAUGACCUGGCCAAAGCUGUAAGUGAACUGAAGGACGUGAACUACUCCAACAAAUUUCGGGAGACCUUCCUGCCAGAUGGGCAGCCCUUGCUGCCAGGCAUGUUCGUGAGGCGGCCGGACCUUGCGGCUCUGCUGGAGAUGCUGGGAGCAGAGGGAGCAUCAGCUUUCUACAGUGGCAACUUGACACAGGAGAUCAUCUCUGAGGUCCACAGCUAUGGAGGAGUCCUGGUGGAGGAGGACUUCAGUAACUACAGCGUCGUGGUGGAGAAUCCCGUGCACACAGUGUAUCGAGGUCAUCUUGUCUUCAGUCCCCCACCUCCACACGCAGGCCCUGCACUAAUGACUGCACUGAAUAUCCUUGAGGGCUUUAACAUCACAAACCAAGCAUCCAGAGGAAAUAUGUUGCACUGGAUGGCAGAGACAUUAAAAAUAGCCUUGAGCCUAGCUAGCAACUUGGGCGACCCAAGCGAUGAUGUGUCUGUCACUCAUGCUGCUGAAGGCAUGCUGAGUAAAUCAGAAGCUAAUACCCUGCGGCAGCUGAUUAACGACUCGCAGUCCUUCUCCUCUGACCCCCGCAUGCCUCACUUCUCCAUGGAGAGCGGACCAGCUGCCAGCCAGGUCCUCGUCAUGGGACCUGAUGAUUUCAUUGUUGCAGCUGUAAGUUCUUUGAAUCGUCCGUUUGGCAGUGGAAUAAUAACACCCUCUGGAAUCCUCCUGAACAGUCAGAUGUUGGACUUCUCUUGGCAAAAUAAAACAACGAACCACUCCUUUCCCAGGCUGCAAAACCUCCUGCAGCCUUGGAAACGGCCCCUGUCUUUUCUGCUGCCCACCAUCGUGCGGCCGUCGGAGGGGCUGUGCGGGACCUACCUCUGCCUGGGAGGCAGCAACGGGGACAAAGCCUUGAGCAGCAUCGUUCAGGUUUUAGUAAACGUUUUAACAUUUAACAAGAAUCUGAGCGAAAGUUUGUCACUUGGUCGACUUCAUCCACAGCUUCAAUCCAACACCUUGCAGGUUGACAGUGAAUUUCCUCAAGAAGAUAUUGAACUGCUUGAAGCCAGGGGCCACCAAGUGGAUAAAGUCAAAGUGGUCUCCCUAGUUCACGGGGCCAGGAGAACCAACAGUUUCAUCAUUGGCCUGAAGGACCCCCGGAGCGUGGAUGCUGCAGGGGCCACGAUACUGUAGCAAC